UCGCCCAAGGUUGGAAUCGACGCGAUCUAGAUCUCAACGGGCCAACAGUGAAUGGAAGUCAUAUCUUUCUCUUCACUUCCACUGGAGCGUCAGAGGACGGUUCAUGUGUGACUGGUCUUCAGCUGGUUGACGCGAUCGAGGACGACUCAGAUGGUGUCAACGUCAAGUGGCGAUGGCACAGAUGGGGCUACACGUUACCUUGGCGUCACGCGAGGCAAGAAUACCUGCUUGACCAGCGUCGUCCCUGUCGCUUCUUCGCAAGUAUUUCCCAGGCCAUACUACCAGAUCGUGCAAGAUGCCCAUGGCAACCCUGCAGACUUCAACGAGGGGGCCACAAAUGCCGUCCCCAUCUACGUCUACACCUCGUCGGAGACAGAAUUGAACCCUCCUUCCGCUCCCACACUAUCCUUCAACUCGACCGGAUCCUUCAGAAUCGCGCACUUCUCUGACCUGCAUCAUUCUGAUAUCGCUCCUAUAUGCUUGGACGAACCUUUUGAAUUUCGAGCCAAUUGCACCGAGCAAUUCUCAUUCACCUUUAUGGAACGAGCUUUGGAUCUCACCCGACCUGAUCUGGUGAUCAUCAAUGGCGAUCUGUUUGCCCGAAACAAGCGGCAAAAGGAUGACAUCACGUAUCCUCUAUUGACUCAAGGUGCUCUGUUGAAGGCCGUUUAUCCUAUCUUGAACCGGAGUCUACCGUUCGCAGUGACAUGGGGGAAUCACGAUGCUGAGGGCAGUCUACUGCGUGAAGAGCUUCAGAGAGAAAUGUCCAGGCUACCAGGAUACGUCGGUUCCAACGUUGCUUCACUGGACGGACAAGGCAAUUAUCAAUUGGAUAUCCUGGAUCGGGACGGUGACUCAAAGAUGAAAUUAUGGUUCUUCGACUCGAGGAGCUACACGUAUUUCCCCCUCAACGGUUCGACCACAGGUCAAUCUGGUGGAGUCCACAGAAACCAGGUGGAAUGGUUCGAGCGGGAAUCCAGAGGACUCGAGAUGAACGGCAUGGCAUUCUUCCACAUACCCCUCGGGCAAAUGAGCGGAUCGUUGGGGUUGAACAGUUCUGCCGAACUUGGAGUUCACUCCGAAGAUGUCUGUUCCCAAGGACACGAAUGUUCCAAUACACCGGACCUCGCGGAUAAUGAUACGGGCUUUUUCGAUGCGAUUGUCAAUGGGAAUCAUAUCAAGGCCACGUUCUCAGGACACGAUCACAGUAACGAUUUCAGUACAAGCGUCAAAGGUGUCACUUUCACUUAUGAUGGCUCGGCUGGGUAUACUGCGUACAGCACAGGGAAUGAUCCGAACUACAAUCGCGAAAUGAGAGUCAUCGAUAUUGUCUCAUGGGGAGAGUCAGCGACAACCUAUAAAGUCAUCGACGAUAUCCUCAAGGGCACCGUUCAUCGAAACACCUCGGAACCCAUCUUGACACUGUAUUGAAGAUUUUCAAUCCAUCUCGGACCAUUGAGGAUCUCACAUCGUAUCCCAAGACCACAAGGCUCGUUGUUGUACAUCUAUACUUUUGGGACGAUCCUGUAACGAUCACAUGGUAGUAUAAUAAUAACAAAGUAUCGAAGAAGCGGAUGAAUGCAUGCAUCGCAUCCUUAACUACGUAAACAGUUGGCAAAGGCGAAA